CCCGCACCACUUCACCCAUUUCCAAACCACAACAACCUCUCGCCGUACUAGACUAGUUCUCUCGUCAACACCAUGGCCGGUCAGAUGCCGCCACCGAAACUCGACUUCGCCCUCCCCUCCCCUUUGGACUACAUCUGCAGCAUCUCGCUUUUCUGCAAGGCGCAUACCCAUAUAAUCUGCAUACAAAGACCACGCCACAGCGCAAAGCAUACCACCAAACAAGCAAUGACUUGCGUCUGCCCGCCCUGACUCGAUCCCCCUUAGGCUUUUCUGCGUCUACAGCCCGCAACUGCCGCGUGGGGUCAACGGGGCUGAUCUUUGAGCCCCAAAGAUGCGAUGCAACUCGACAUGUCUCCGUUGCUUGCUCACCGCUAUACUCUGGCGACGCUGUUGUCGCAGUAUUUCCCUCACUUGCAGAUUGCGGCAUUGCUUGCAUGGGCAAGCCGCAAAUGCAUGGGAGAAGGCAACAAGUGCAACGUCUCCCAGGCUGCCUUGCCUGUGUGAGGUGACGAACGAUACUCGAGGGAUGGCUGUCUUGACAGCCACGCAGACGACCGAAAAGAGGCAACGGCGAUGCUCUCCCCCGUUUUUCUCCCGCUCAGACAAGGAGCAUCCCAUUCCCAUUGCUUCGCCAAACAGCCCUGCCGAAAGACAUGGCCUUAGCGGGCCUGUUGUUGAUGGUGUACACUACAUACUACUAACUGGCUUGACUUGCCGACCUGUAGGCUGUUCAACGCGCUCCUUCGGUGAACAACGAGACCACUUCGCCUUGAACACUACUUGCUCUGGGGGGGCUUGCUCUCGUCUGCUGUGGUCCCCAUCAGACAACGUUGACACUUGGGCAGGGGCGGUCCCAUGCCCCGGUUCUGACAACCCCAAGCCACCAAACAGCGCCGUUGGGUUCACGCCCGACCUGUGUCGGGCGCAUCCGUCCAGAGGGCAUUUGCUAUUCAUUUCAGGUUGUUCCGCUUUAUUGACCCACGAGUGACCUGUUCCAGCCUCUGAAAACCGUCAAUUCGGUGAGUGAAGGAAAACUCUGAGAUGCUUAUUCUCGCAUCUCGAUCUCGCAACGUUUCAUCCAGAUCGGCCGACGAUGGCGGGCCUUGGUGUGCUACGUGCGCAG